AUGGCGCCGGGCGCGCCCUACAUGUACUCGGCGACAGCCAGCGAGGACUCGCGCUUUCCGGUCUCGACCUUUGAUCCCAAAGCCAUCACCCGCGCCAGCUGGGAGCCCAAGCCGAAGCGCAAGCCUCAGAAUGGACCUCUUCUGUCCUUCAACACACAUCCCGAUGCCCAUGAGGCUUUGCAGCAGCGAUCCGAGUACAAGCAACUAGGGAAGAAGACUGAAAAGGCCAUCAAAUGGGUUCGCGGCUGGCAGCUUCUCUGCCGCGUGCUGGAAUUCAAUGGCGCUCUCGGCAUACUGAUUCUCAUGAUCCUGCUCACCCACGUCAGUGGCAUCACAGCUUGGAUAAUGCGUGUUGUCUCUGGCGUUGCGGCUCUUCACUGCCUAUACGGAAUCGUUCACCAUUCUCGCUCGGCCACGACUAGAACUCCUGGGUCGACAGCAGCAUAUCAGCUCUUUGCAGGAAUCUUCGAUCUGACGGUGGCUUCUUUUUACGCAUACGGUGCCUUCAUGACCAACCGCGAUUCGGCGUCGUGGGCGACUCUCCUCCAGGAUCAGAGCCUGCUCCAAUACCUGACCCCGGCCGUGUACUACACCAUCAUCGGUGCCGGCGGAUUGCACCUUGCUUCGUUUCUCACGUCGCUCUGGCUCGCCAUCACGUUCCAGCGCAUCUGUGAUCUGCCUCCUGACAUGAACCCGCUGGAGUCCAACCUGACCGCUCGUCCGUCGUUUCACAAGCGCAACAAGUCUUCCGUCACCACGUAUACCGCUGACGAAAAGAGGCUGUCAACGGCUCACAGCGCCAAGCACCGAUCCGAAGCCUCGUGGGACAGCUUCUCGUACCCCCGUACGAUGCCCUUUAUGCACACCCGCACGCAGUCGCAGGACACUCUCGUCAACAAUGAGCCCCAGCUCAACCUACCCCAGAGACAGUAUCAGAUUGCAUCCAGCAACGCGGGUCCGCCGCCUCGCUCCGCCGCGUCCAUGGUCAGCAGCCGCAUGUCUGUCCCGCGCUCUUCUAGAGGAAGCUACGCGGAGAUUGCGCUCGGCGAUGCCAGCCCUGCCCGGCCGCAGUUCGUCGCCAACCGGGCCAGCAACGCCGCCAACUCGCGCGCCCCCAAGUUCACCGAGACCUGGAUGCCCACCGACUCGCUCAUCUCCCGCACAAACCACCGCAACCGCGAGAUAGCGGCCGCCAACACCUCGCGCCACGCCCGCGGCUCCCAGUCCUACGCUGCGCUCGACCAGCGCUACAAUGCCGACGAGGAAGACGACUCUGCCUCCGACUAUGGUGACGACGAGAAUGCCGACGCCAACGGCCACCACCCCAACCCCCUCGGCUCGCACCCCCCAGCCAGCAAAUCGACGCCUGCCUCUCCUGCUCGCCCUCGGACCCGCGGCAGCGCCGGCCCUCCUCCGGUGUCGUCCCGCCCGACGACCCCUUGGACCGCCUCCAAGCUCUCCGCCAAGAGCGCCCUGUCCGAGAUUAGCAGCAGCAACGAGCGUUUGAACCAGUCCGCUGCCCGCCACGGGCUGGGUGACCGCUCGCCGUGGACCAACAAGCCCGACCUGCGUCCGCCUCCCGCCAUCACCGGCGAUGAGUUUUACGCGCGCUCCUACGGCGAGCUGCGUGCCGCCACGCCGCCCGUCAUGGUCGGCGACACGAGAAAGAUUUCUUCGGGCAACGACUACCACGCGCUGGCCGUGGCCGCUGAGCGUCGUCGCGUGAGCGGCAAGGUCGCCGAGGAAGGUCUUGGUGGAAGGUUCACGAUUGGGUAUGCCAGUUGA